AUGGAUUCAACAUCAUCUGACAUGUCACCUUUGGUGGAUGCAGAGGUUUACCGUCGAUGGCGUUCCGCUGAGAUCGAUGAGAUUGAGUUAUGCAUGUGGAGCGCUGAUAUGUUCAUGUACGGGAUAUCAACUAGCUAUGAAAGUUACGGAUCUCUAAAGACGGCUAUUAGAAGGGGUGUACCUGACCUCAUCAAGCACUACAUUUGGAUAAAGGCCAAUGGAGCUGAUAGGUUCUAUCGAGAACAUCCUAAUUUCUACAAGCAUUCAUUUGCGACGACUUUCGGGCAGAAUGUGCCAGAGACGAUGGGACAUGAUUGUCCUACGUUUUGCGGGGGCAUUUCGGGUCUUCAAAGCGAUAUCCUAGGAGCCCCCAUCAAGGCUAAGGAUAUCGACUUUGACUCUGCCUCUCUUGACGCAGAAAGUUUGACGAACUCUGUGAACAUGUGGAACCGUCUGGGUGAAGCGAAAAACUACAGCGAAGAUGGAUACGACACAUGUGACGACGAGCCUCUGACUCGAGAGUUAUCCGUGGCAUCUCUAAGGGACCACUAUCAGCCGCGUAAGUCCCAUAGAACACUCCAACAGUAUGCUUCGAUCGACACCGUCAUGACACCACGUUACGGUGGUUCACAUGGAAGUUCGCAUCGUAGGAGUCAGUUGGGUUUGCCUGAUGUGAUAGACGAGUCCUGCGAGCUUCAGCGUCGUGACACUCUUGAUAACUACUUGUCAGCAGUGCAUGCCAAGGACCACAAUCAGAUGGAGCUCUUAAAGGCAACUAAGAAAAAGAUCCGUGAGCGUCAUAGUUCGAUUGACGAUUACCAUGAGAGAAAAGGCUAUAAUAGGCAGUUCUCUGACACACUUUUAGUGACGGGUCGUACGCCACUUCCGAAUCCGCCAUCACACCACCCGAGUAUCAUCGGGAAGAAUGUUUCACCUCAAUUGAAAAAAUUAGACAAUGAGGUUUUCCCGAGGACAACUAUGAUCAUCAAAUAUCUGCGAGAUCGAGAACAGCAAAUGGCCCAUUUAACAUCGACUAGGCGCCAAAGGCCGUUUUCACGCAUUAUCGCAUGUUUACUUAAUUUGGGAUCUCGCUGUGCGAUGAGCAGCAGUUGUAGGCGAGUUUCUUCUGUAAAGAGGCCGAUUUCCAGUGGGAAACUGAGCGUUGUGGAUGAGCCACAUUCUCGUGGAGUAGGUUAUGACAUCGAGGUCCCAACGGUGAAAACCAGUCAGGCUCCGUCGGAUGCCAAAGAUGGUGAUCAUCAUGUGAGUUUUGCGGGCAAUGUCGACGUCGUCACAUUCGGUGACGACGAUGAUGAUGAUACAUAUACUGAUGGAGGGUCGCAGAUGAGUCUUGACGAACCGGAAUCGACUGACACUGAGUACAUCAGGUUCCCCUCUACAAAGGUGGACAACGUGUUGGUUCGUCAUUCAACCACGAUGGUUUUCCAGAGUUCCGUUUAUAAACUCUCUGAUGUUACUGACUUCACUGCGUUGCUAACUCGUGAGGGUGUGAACGAGGUUAAGCGGAUAAUGUGGUGCCUUAAUACGUCAUUCGCGUCAAAGAUCGAGUUCUUACCAAUAAUACCUUCGCUGUGCUGUAUAUUGUUGGUAUACAUGACCCCCGAAUCUACUUUGUGCGUAUUACACUGUCUGAUGACCAAGGCAGUGAAGUCUGGGGGAUUGGAAUAUGGCGAGCGUUUUUUGUUUGUGGAUCGUGAAGGUUUCAUAAAUUUUGUGGGUUAUGUUCUUAGCGUUAUGCGAUAUCAUUUGCGGAAAUUGGUCAGCAAACUGCAACUUCUCAAUGUUGAUGUAGUGGCAUGGAUUGCUCGAUCUGUACAAGGUGGUUUUUCGCACAUUUUACCGUUUGACUACAUCUUGCGCAUAUACGGUGAUUUUCUUUUCGAGGGCGAGGUUGUGCUCUGCAGAUACUGUAUAGCAUUAGUGAAGCAUGGGUAUGAUCGUAUUAUGCGUUGCAACACUCAGGAAGAGGCUGAGAAGGAGUUGUAUAAUAUAGGUCUGGAUCCUUCUCUGGAUCUGGAUAAGCUAACUAAGUUGGCGUACAGUUUCCGCUUAAAGUACUAUAAGAGUGACGCUUCCGGCUGUGCUUUAACUCCUUAUCUGAUGCCUGUGAAGAUAAAAUCGUUUUAUCGCCCUCGUAUGGCAUCGUAUUCUGAUAUUUUAAAGGAGCACACCUGGGAGGUGAUUUGGUCAUGGUUACUUCCUGGUCAUCGCAUUUUGGAUCCUAAGAAAAUAUAUUCAUCUGAUACUCAUGGCACUACGAUGCUUGGUAUGGUGAAGACCAUCAAAGAGAGCAAUCUUUCUGGAGUGUCUGCAUUGUUGUUCAUCGAGACUAUGUGCGGUGAUGUUUUUGGUGUGUUUAUCCCAGUGAUGAACAGCGAACCGACGAAAGGGUUUUUCACGCCACAAAAGAUGUCCAAUCAUCUGGAUUCGUUCGUAUUUACUCUGGUGCCAGAGGCUCAGAUUUACAAAUGUUCUGCCGCUAAUAAUUCUGGCAUUAAGUUUGGUACACAGCAGAUCGUCGUGGGUAGCGAUAUGCCUGCCCUGAUUCUAGAUAAGAAUAUGGCUAGCGGGUUAUCGCAAUGCUGCCGGUCUUACAACUCUCCUCCACUGGUUAGUAAUGAUGAUGGCUAUUUUGACGUGCUGAGGAUCGAGUUGUGGUACCUGGUUUGA